AUGUAAUGCUUUCUCUCUAACAACAUUUGUGGUUCCGAAGGACUUUAAAGUCAAAAUCCAACGAAACAUAGCCUUUGAUUUCGCAAUUACAUCGUUCCCUUAACGGUGUGCUCCAUUUCCCACCGAUCAGCCGUGUGGAGCGUGGAAACACGCAAGGUGUGACUUCUCAACAACGCGAGACAAUUUCGCGUCAGUUCAUCUAACGACGGGACGAAACCGGCAUUUCGUGGAUCUUGGAAGAACGCACAGUUGCGGGAUACAACCAAAAAAAUGGCGUCUGACCCAACGAAAAACAGGAUCCUGGUUUUCAAGAACAGAGGAAAAGACCAAGAUGAAAUGCGAAGAAGGAGAAAUGAAGUUACCGUUGAACUUCGGAAAAACAAAAGGGAAGAGUCUUUGCAGAAAAGGCGUAAUGUUCCCAUCGGGGACUCCACAGAUGAAGAAGAAAUGGUGCACUUGGGCUCAACUGACCUCAAAAAUCUAGUUGAAAGCGCAAGAAGUCCUGACCCUACUAUUAAGUUGGCUGCUGUUCAGAAAGCCAGAAAAAUGUUAUCAUCCGACAGGAAUCCCCCAAUUGAUUGUUUGAUUGAAAGUGGGAUUUUACCUAUUCUUGUUCAGAGCCUCCAGUGCCAUGACAAUACACAGCUGCAGUUUGAAGCUGCUUGGGCUCUCACUAAUAUUGCUAGUGGAACUUCAGCUCAAACCAAAGCUGUUGUUGAGGCGGGUGCUGUACCCUACUUCCUCCAACUUUUGGAUUCAAAGCAGCAAAAUGUGUGUGAACAAGCUGUUUGGGCACUAGGAAAUGUUAUUGGCGAUGGUCCUGGUUUGCGAGAUUAUGUUAUCCAGCUGGGCGUGGUUCAACCCCUAUUGUCAUUUAUUACACCAGACGUGCAAAUUACAUUUUUAAGAAAUGUUACCUGGGUCAUUGUCAAUCUUUGUCGAAGCAAGGACCCUCCUCCACCUGUGGACACCAUCAAGCAGCUUUUGCCUGCUCUUGGCUUCCUCAUCCACCACACAGAUACUAAUAUUUUGAUUGACACUGUUUGGGCAUUGAGCUACUUGACAGAUGGUGGUAAUGAGCAAAUUCAGCUGGUGAUUGAUAGUGGUGUGGUUCCACACCUGAUUCCUUUACUGUCUCACAAGGAGCCCAAGCUCCAGACAGCAGCUCUCAGAGCUGUAGGAAAUAUUGUUACAGGAACUGAUGAACAGACACAGGUUGUUCUUAAUUGUGAUGCGCUGUCACAUUUCCCUGCUCUUCUAACACACCAGAAAGAGAAAAUUUGCAAGGAAGCUGUUUGGUUCUUGUCCAACAUUACUGCUGGAAAUAAAAUGCAAGUUCAAGCUGUUAUUGAUGCUGGCCUUCUGCCAAAGAUCAUUCAGAAUUUGAGUAAGGGUGAAUUUCAAACCCAGAAGGAGGCUGCGUGGGCUGUAAGCAACUUAACUAUCAGUGGAUCCCGUGAACAAAUUGCACAGUUGAUUCAGGAGGGUGUCAUUCCUCCAUUCUGCAAUCUCUUGACAUGCCAGGAUACUCAAGUUAUUCAGGUGACACUCGAUGGUAUAAAUAAUAUGCUCAAGAUGGCUGGUGCCGAGGUAGAGACACUAACUAACAUGAUUGAAGAAUGUGGAGGAUUGGACAAAAUUGAAGCCCUACAAAAUCAUGAAAACUUAGAAAUCUAUAAGGUGGCUUAUGAAAUUAUUGAGCAGUACUUCUCAGAUGAGCCGGAGGAUGAAGACAUAAUGCCACAAGCAACAGAAGCAGGUUUUGCAUUUGACCCCAGCCAAUCCAUACCUAGUGAAGGGUUCAAAUUUUAAGUCACGAACUUGAAUGACAUUUUCAGAGGACUUGAAUAAAUUGACAAGUAUUUGAUUUAAGAAGAAAAUGAACAAAACAACUCAAAUCCGGAGCCUUGAUUCUGGAGCUUGAAUAUGCAUGUGGCUUUCAAAUCGACUAGACAAAAAAAAUGUUAACUUUGUCUCGCUGAUAAGUAACUUAAAUUGGGGAAUAAAUUUUCCUGUUAGUAUUUGUGACGAACAGAGUUGGGUCUCUUCUAAAGAACAGUAAUAUUGAAGUGGUUUGCAAGACUUAGUAACUUUCAAAAUGAAACAGUUUGAAACUUAAUUCUGAACGACGAUUCCUUUUCUCUCUUAACUCUUAUGUUUGCUUUUAACUGUGCAAUUGUUGCUUUUCCAUUUUAUGAAAAAGAAAGCGUGUUUCUUCUAUUUAAAAUAUAUGUUAUUGUUAAAUGGCCGGUGCCAAUGAAGUUACACAGGGUUGAUUUAUGUAUCUAAUUUUAAAUAUUUCUGAACUGCUCACUUGUACUUGUACUGAAAAUUAAUGUUUAAGGAUUGUGGCAUUUUCCUCUCCUCCACUUUUUUUUUUUUUUUUAAUUAUAAUGAAAAGGAA